AAGACAGCAUGGUUGCCAAUGAUGAUCAAGAAUGAGCAAUACAUUUUUUUAUUUAAAAAAUUCAGAUAUGGCCAUAUUGUUUUUCGUGAACAAAGUGCAUGUUUUGUUAUUAUUGCCAUAUACCGUAGACUAGAUGCAUUCUGGGAUAGUGUCAACAUGGCAGCCUGGGUGUUGUUCAAGCUUGUAGCCAAAGAACUAACCCUGUUGUACACUUCUGAGCAAAGUGCUGAGUUUAUUUGCAUUUUGUUACAUUUCCGUGAACAAAUGUUUCAACACCACAGCAACACAAGAUUUAUGGAGACAGCCAUGUUAGGACAACUUGCUAGUCGACUAAUGCCGGUAGUCAGCUGAUCAGAUCACGGCUAUACACAACACAAUUAGCCAAUGCAGGCAACUUCUCUGGGCAGCCUAGUAAAGCUGCUGGACAUAUCUGGGGUCUGGCUCAACGAGCAGUCCGCAAAUCGGCCUGCCGGACGUCAAGACUAAGGGGCAGUGCUGAAGUUCAUCCUGUCGACUGGCAUAUCCUCUGGGAGUUUGUCAAACCCCAGCUCUUUGCCCUUCUUGGUGCUGUCAUGUUACCCAAUGAGACCUGGCCAACAGAUCCUGAAGAACUUCAACCUCAUCAUCCCCCUCUCUAAGACUGUCGCUAUCGUUGGAGAAUCAGGAGGAGGGAAGUCUACAGUGGCCUCCUUGCUGGAGCUUUCCUUUGACCCCAGCAGUGGUGUGAUCAUGAUGGAUGGCCUGGAUAUCUGGACACUGGACCCAUCUCAGAGGACAAGUCAUUUGAUUCAUCAUUCAGGACACUGUGCUGUGAUGGAGAACAUUUGCUUUGGUAAGCGGGGGCUACUGAUGCUAAGGUCAUUAAUGCUGCCAAGCAGGCCAACGACCACCGCUUCCUCACAGGCUUUCCAGAGGGAUACAACCCUGUGGUGGGUAUCUUCUCUUCCUAAUCUGGAAUUGCUGAGCAAAGGAGGGCUGCUGACCUCAUCUGCAGACAGAGAUCAGAGGGACAGAUGUGAACAGUACUUUGCAGAGCUGCCAACUCUCACUUGAUUGGCCGUGAGACAAACGCACGCAUUUGACCCUCUUUUCACGCUCUCACGGCACACCUCUUAUAUCUCACAAAUUGUAAAGUACUGCUUUUAUUUUUCAAAUUUGUCCAUUGUAUAGUCAGCACAUUAACUUUUCGACUGUGCUCCAAAUUCUUUUGAAAUCGGAGCAUCUGCGCCUGCAAUUUAACAUCAUGAGGGGAAUCUCUAUCAUUGUCCUGUCUUGCCACAGCACUGUGAACUGCUUCACAUUGAAGCAUGUGAUUGGUCUAGUUAUGUAAAGGAUCAAGGUGAUUGGAUGCAUGUUUUAAAGAAACACCCCUCAAGAUUAGAGUAGAGCUGAAUGGAGCGAGAAAAUUAUCUACUGAGUUUAUAAAACUAAAGAGAGCAGCACGGUAGCGCUGUUUCAUGUACAAUGUUUUCAAUAAAAUUAGGUUGCUGUUACUCCCAUCUUAUUGCAGAAUGCAGUCUUCUGACAGCAUGUACUAAAGUCGAUUUAAUCCACACUUGCAUUAGUCCCCUCGAUUGGUGAUUGGCAUUUAGGCUGUGACAACAAAAAGGCAGCAGACAGACCUACAGUAUAUUUUAGCAAGGACGUUUGGUAGGAUGACUUGCUUUGUAAUUAUGAAAACCUUUUGUCAAACCAGAUUUUGAACCCAAAUUUGAUUCUAGAAGGGCAACGUUAAAUAUAAAAUAAUUUGGGUAGAGUGUAGGGGCAGAUUCAUGUCAUAUUGUCUUCAGGAGAUUUUAUUAGCUAGUUUAGUCUGAUCAAUAGAACAAUUCUCAUUCUAAACAAUGAGCUAAAAUAUUGGGUAAUUACUGUGCUUGUCAACAAGAACACUACUGUUAUUCCCCACACUUAUUUUAAUAUUCCACUAAUCACAUAUUUGAAAUCUGAUAUGACUACAGUACAUUCGGAUAGUAUGACUUUUUCCACAUUUUGUUACCUUACAGCCUUCUUCUAAAAUUGAUACAUUUGUUUUUCCUCUUAUCAACCUACAUACAAUACCGCAUAAUGACAAAGCAGAAACAGGUUUGAAUUUUUUGGGUAAAAUGUAUUAAAAACUGAAA